AAAUCAUCAAACAAUCCCCAAACUACAAUCAAAACGCGAAAUCCCUAAACUGAAUCUUCAAGGAUCCAAACGAUCGAUCAGAUAAACGAAGCUUUGAAGGUCAAAAAAUGUCUUCACUUGCAGCUGCUAGGGCAGACAACUUUUACUAUCCUCCAGAAUGGUCUCCCAAGAAGGGUUCACUGAACAAGUUCCAUGGUCAACAUGCUCUCCGAGAGAGAGCAAGAAAGAUAGACCAGGGCAUUUUAAUUAUAAGGUUUGAGAUGCCAUUCAAUAUCUGGUGUGGGGGAUGUGAGUCGAUGAUUGCCAAGGGUGUGAGGUUCAAUGCUGAGAAAAAGCAAGUAGGGAAUUAUUACUCCACAAAGAUAUGGAGCUUUUCUAUGAAAUCUGCAUGCUGCAAGCAUGAGAUUGUCAUUCAAACAGAUCCAAAAAACUGUGCGUAUGUUAUUAUUAGUGGAGCUCAAAAGAAGACUGAAGACUAUGACGCUGAAGAUGCUGAAACCUUGGUACUCCCAGUAGAUGAAGAUAAAAGUAAGUUGGUGGAUCCUUUUUAUCGCCUUGAGCACCAGGAGGAGGACUUGAAGAAGAAGAAAAAAGCUGAGCCUUUACUUGUUCGUCUUCAGCGAGUAUCUGAUACUAGACAUUCAGAUGAUUAUGCGAUGAACAAGGCUCUUCGAGCCACGCUUAGGGGUCAAAAGAAAAGAGUUGCCGAAGAAGAGGCUGCUGCUAAGAAAAUAGGACUUGGUAUUAGGUUACUACCACCUUCUACAGAGGAUGCUGCAACUGCUGCAACAGUUAAAUUUGCUCAUAAGUUCGAUAAGAACAGAAGAGAUAAACGAGCCAUCAUUUACUCUGGUUCAAUCUUUGGAUCGUCUGGCUCUUCUAAGCAUUCAGAAUUGGAAUCUAAGAGGAGAAAAAUCAACGCUUCUGCUGCAUCAAAGCUGUUGGUCGGAGGAUUUAAGCCCUCGUCAUGGUCUGAAGCUACUGUUCCAUCGAAGAAACAAAGGAGAAUUUAACAAUAUGAUCCAUUCCUGCCGAUAGAUUUGUUAACCUACCAGUCGAAAAUUGAGUUGGAGAUUUGUUGACUCCCUGCUUAUUAAUCGUUCGGGUAGGCUGUUGAGUUUGCUUGUACAGAUUUGAUGUUCGUCGAGUGAUUUUUGUUCCGUUUUUUACUGUGUUUGUAUUUUCUUUGAAUAAAAGAGUUUAUAUCCAUCACAGCA